GAUCCUGGUCAUGUGAUUCCUAGCUCAUUGCCGGCAGCAAGCAGCAGCAGUAGAGAAGGUAGAGAAGGAGAACCAGCGGUCUGCGCGAACGACUGCUGACCUGAACAAGUCGAGAUGUCUCUACCAAAGAUCCAGAAUGUGGAAAAAGAGUCACAGUUCGGAUAUGUGUAUGCAGUCUCCGGCCCCGUCGUCACAGCGGAAAAGAUGGCCGGAACUGCCAUGUACGAGCUUGUACGUGUGGGUCACGAAGAGCUGGUUGGUGAAAUCAUCAAGCUUGAUGGCGACAUGGCCACCAUCCAAGUCUACGAGGAGACCUCUGGACUGACGGUUGGUGAUCCCGUGUUGCGAACAGGCAAGCCCCUUUCGGUGGAGCUGGGGCCAGGCAUCAUGAACAACAUCUUUGACGGCAUCCAGAGGCCCCUGCGAGAGAUCCACGCCCUGUUCAACAGUAUUUACCUGCCCAAGGGUGUGAGCACGCCGGCUCUCAGGCGAGACAUCAAGUGGGAGUUCAAGCCGACCAACUUUAAGGUUGGCAGUCAUGUCACCGGAGGUGACAUUUAUGGCCUCGUCCAGGAGAACUCACUUGUGCAGCACAAGAUAAUGCUGCCGCCCAAGUCGAAGGGCACCAUCAGCUACAUUGCUGAACCUGGGAAUUAUUCUGUAGAUGAAAAGAUCCUGGAAAUUGAAUUUGACGGCGAGAAGAGCAGCUACACAAUGAUGCAAGUGUGGCCCGUGCGUAACAUGCGCCCCGUGACGGAGAAAUUGGCCGCCAACUACCCGCUGCUCACCGGUCAGAGGGUGCUUGACUCGCUGUUCCCGUGUGUCCAAGGAGGCACAACUGCUAUUCCCGGUGCCUUCGGUUGUGGAAAAACCUGCAUCUCUCAAGCCCUGUCCAAGUAUUCCAACAGCAAUGUGAUUGUCUACGUCGGCUGCGGAGAGCGAGGCAAUGAAAUGUCUGAAGUACUCAGGGACUUCCCUGAGCUCAAGAUCGAAAAAGAUGGGAAGCACGUGUCAAUCAUGGACCGUACUACGUUGGUUGCCAACACAUCAAACAUGCCUGUAGCUGCCCGUGAGGCAUCCAUCUACACAGGCAUUACACUUUCAGAGUACUUCAGGGACAUGGGCAACCACGUGGCUAUGAUGGCGGACUCCACCUCUCGAUGGGCAGAGGCUCUGAGAGAAAUCUCGGGACGUUUGGCUGAAAUGCCAGCAGAUUCCGGCUACCCCGCCUACCUGGCUGCUCGGUUAGCAUCCUUCUACGAGCGUGCCGGUCGGGUCAAGUGCCUUGGUAACCCCGAGAGAGAAGGCAGUGUCACCAUUGUGGGGGCAGUCUCGCCUCCUGGUGGUGAUUUCUCGGACCCAGUCACAUCCGCGACACUGGGCAUUGUGCAAGUGUUUUGGGGCUUGGACAAAAAGCUGGCUCAGCGCAAACACUUCCCAUCGGUCAACUGGCUCAUCUCAUACAGCAAGUACACACGUGCCCUCGACGACUACUACGAGAGGAACUUCCCUGAGUUUGUGCAGCUCAGGACUAAGUGCCAGCAGAUCCUGCAGGAGGAAGAAGAUCUUUCUGAAAUUGUACAGCUUGUCGGAAAGGCGUCCCUGGCAGAGACUGACAAGAUAACACUCGAAGUUGCGCGCCUGUUGAAGGACGACUUCCUGCAGCAGAACAGCUACACCCCGUACGAUCGGUUCUGCCCAUUCUACAAGUCAGUGGGCAUGCUGCGCAACAUGAUUGGUCUGUACGACCUGGCCAAGCACGCGGUCGAGUCCACCGCCCAGAGCGAGAACCGCAUCACCUGGGCCCUCAUCCGCGAGGCCCUCGGAGACCUCCUCUACCAGCUCAGCAGCAUGAAGUUCAAGGACCCAGCAGUGGACGGUGAGAAGAAGAUCAAGCAGGACUUUGAGGAGCUCUAUGAGAACAUCCAGCAGGCCUUCCGCAACUUGGAAGACUGAAAAGGACCUCCCUAUCACCAGCACUGCCACGGAGGAGCCAAAGAACUGUGUUGUCGAUCGCUUGGCCCCAUCAAAGCUUCUGGCGGCAUUGUUUCCUUCAACCUCAUUCCAAGUAGGCUCGUACCAUACCUCGUGUCCGAAGGUUCACGCAUGUACGGGGCAGACAAGUCUGUGUGUAUUAGAUGUUAGUGGCCUGCCUUUAGCAGUGCGGAAGCUGUGAGCAGCAAUACCAUUUGUUUUUUUUUAUCUUUACAUUCGAUUUUGGUGCUCGUCUGUCUGUGUACAUACUAUUUUCCUAAACAGUUCUGUUUUGUAUUUUUUUUUUCUAUAAAUUAAAGUGGCAUUUUUGUGCUGUUGUCAUGCCAAUUUUGUUACCUCAUGUAAGGAAGUGUCCUUUUGUGGCGGCACUGGAUUUAAGUGAUAUAUUUGGACUCUUCCAUUCACUUCUCUAUAUUUUUUUUUUAUUUUGUCUCAUAAUGGAAGUGUCAAGAAUAAAGUCUAUAUGUGGAUGUUGCAA